AGCAGCAUGGCUGAGCUGGGCUGGUAUAGACGAUCAACACUUCUUUAGACAGCUCUUCUCCUGUGGCUCACAAGUUUGGAUCAAAUUCGAAUAAACUUACACAGAAUCGAAUCCCCUUUACAGCGGGGACUCCAUGCAGCACCAAAGACAAAGUCACAGCUCCGUUUGGAACUGAGCGUUUUGCUUUCUUUAUUCCCUUUUUUUCUUUGGUCUAAGUAUACAGCGGAGCUAGAAGUAUUUUUAGUGCAAUCGACUCCUUCAGCCACGUGUGCCCACGUUGAUCAGGAUGUCCAUUCAAUCGGCCUUCUUGCCAAUAUUGGUCCUGGGACUGGUGUCGAGUCUAGUGCGCUGCGCUCCCUUCCCCGGCAGGCAAAACGGCACCCCGGAGCGCCACUGGGAGACCCUCUACUCUCGCUCUUUGGCACGGAUCCCCGGGGAAAGGAGGGAUAUCAACCGGGACAGUGAUUAUCUUAUUGGCAUCAAAAGGCUGCGGCGCCUUUACUGCAAUGUAGGCAUUGGGUUUCACAUUCAGGUUUUGCCCGAUGGAAAAAUAACCGGAGUGCACAACGAAAAUCGAUACAGUCUUCUUGAAAUUUCCACCGUGGAAAGAGGUGUUGUGACACUAUUUGGUGUAAGAAGUGGUCUUUUCCUGGCCAUGAAUGGCAAAGGCAAGCUCUAUGGAUCUACUCAUUUCAGUGACGAGUGCACGUUUAAAGAGAUGCUCCUGGCCAAUAACUACAACGCAUACGAAUCCCGAGCGUAUCCCGGGAUGUAUAUAGGAAUAAGCAAAAAUGGCAAAACAAAGAAAGGAAACAAAGUUUCCCCAACAAUGACAGUUACGCAUUUCUUACCCAGAAUCUGAGUGAUCUUUUCAGACUUUACCUCAACGAAGUGAGACAGAUGGGGCGAUACAAAACAGUGCACUUUCAAACGGAGCGUUUUAUGCAAGAGUAGUAUCAUAUUUAAAUUUAUUAUUUAAGUUUAUAUAUAUAUAUAUAUAGAGAGAGAGAGAGAGAGAGAGAGAGAGAGAGAGAGAGAGAGAGAGAGAGAGAGAGAGAGAGAGAGAGAGAGAGAGA